UCGACGGCCGAGAUCUAAUAAAACCCCCUGAACUGGUAGUGACAGAUGUAUGGUUGUUGAGUAGCCAAUUGUAUUUCUUUCUUCCUAAAAACCAAAUACAAACAACAAACUCAUGAAAAAAAGGAAAAAAAAAAAAAACUUGAAGAACAAACUGAAACUCCAACCUCAACAACUCUCGAUCUCUCCGCCACAAAUACGCCACCGUUUAAACAUUCAAUACAAUCCACAAGUACCCUUCUGUAAAAAGCCUUUCCUUUUUUGUUUCUUAAGGUAAACUAAGCUGCAUUCUUGUUCUUGUUUGAUACUGAUUGUGAUCUCUCUGUUUCUAACCAGAAGAUUAGUUUCUCUUUUUUCUCAGCGUUAAAGAUUAAAAUCGGGUUGAUUGGUUUAUUUUGAAUAGAAUUAUGAGUGCGUAUAUAGUAGGAGCUCUUGUUCCACUGGUAGUCACUGUUAUCUUGCGCACCAACGCAAAACACACUGCUAAAAAACGUGGAGUUCCAGUUGACGUUGGUGGGGAGCCUGGUUACGCAAUUCGGAAUGCUGGUUUUGAAACGCCGUUAGAAACUGCAUGGGAAGGAGUUGUAACUCUUGCUCAGCUUUUUGAGUUUUCUUGUAAUCGAUUCAGUGAUAAGUUUUUGCUGGGAACAAGAGCUGUUAUUUCUAGAGAUAUUGAAGUCAGUGAAGACGGACGCACUUUUGAGAAGCUUCAUUUGGGUGAUUAUGAAUGGCUAAGUUAUGCUCAGGUUUUUGAUAAAGUUUCAGGCUUUGCUUCUGGGUUAGCUUCAAUUGGUCACACAAAAGAGGAGCGUGUCGCCAUUUUUGCUGAUACUCGAGCUGAAUGGUUUAUUGCAUUGCAGGGAUGCUUCAGGAGGAAUGUUACUGUGGUUACUAUUUAUUCAUCUUUGGGAGAAGAGGCUCUGUGUCACUCAUUAAAUGAAACAGAGGUUACGACCGUCAUAUGUGGGAACAAAGAACUGAAGAAAGUUGUUGAUGUCAGUGGUCAACUUGACACAGUUAAACGUGUGAUAUGCAUGGAUGAUGAAAUUCCAUCUAGUGCAUUAUCACUGGAGAAGAGCGGCCGCUGGAAUGUUUUCUCGCUUACUAAUGUUGUGAAACUUGGCCGGGAAAAUCCUAUUGCUGCUGAUUUACCUCUGGCAAAUGAUAUUGCAGUGAUAAUGUACACCAGUGGGAGUACUGGGUUGCCCAAGGGUGUGAUGAUGACACAUGCUAAUGUUCUAGCUGUAGUUUCUUCGGUCCGGACAAUUGUUCCUGGCCUUGAAGGCAAGGAUGUUUAUCUAGCAUAUCUACCAAUGGCUCAUAUACUUGAAUUAGUAGCUGAGCACAUAAUAACAGGUGUUGGGAGUACUAUAGGAUAUGGAAGCCCUUUGACGCUUACUGACACAUCAAGCAAGAUCAAACGUGGAACAAAAGGUGAUGCAUCUGUCUUAAAGCCAACUGUGAUGGCAUCCGUCCCAGCAAUACUUGAUCGUGUUCGAGAUGGCGUACGCAAAACGGUAGAUAAAAAGGGUGGAAUUGGUAAGAUACUUUUUGACUUGGCAUAUGCCCGUCGAUUGUCUGCAUUGAAUGGUAGCUGGUUUGGAGCUUGGGGCCUAGAACUGUUCUUUUGGAACUUCCUUGUGUUUAGGAAGGUUCGGGCAGUUUUGGGAGGUCAGGUCCGUUUUUUGCUUUCUGGAGGAGCUCCCCUUUCUGGUGAUACUCAAAGAUUUAUCAACAUUUGCCUUGGGGCUCCCAUAGGCCAAGGAUAUGGUCUUAGUGAAACCUGUGCUGGUGGGAGCUUUUCUGAAUUUGAUGAUACAUCGAUUGGCCGAGUUGGUAAUCCAAUUCCUUGCACAUAUCUUAAGUUAGUUGAUUGGCCUGAAGGUGGAUAUUUAACUAGUAAUUCACCAAUGCCUCGCGGAGAAAUAGUUAUAGGUGGCCCUAGUGUGACUCUUGGCUAUUUCAAGAAUGAAGAGAAAACAAAGGAAGUAUACAAGGUUGAUGAGAAAGGAAUGAAGUGGUUCUACACAGGUGACAUUGGACAAUUCCACGCUGAUGGUUGCCUUGAGAUAAUUGACCGUAAGAAAGACAUUGUCAAGCUUCAGCAUGGAGAAUAUGUCUCUUUAGGAAAGGUUGAGGCUGCUCUUAGUUCGAGCCCUUAUGCUGAUAACUUAAUGCUGCAUGCUGAUCCAUUCCGCAGUUUCUGUGUGGCCCUUGUGGUGGCUGCACAACCUGCCCUUGAAGCGUGGGCUUCUAAACAGGGAAUCACCUUUGCUAAUUUUGCAGAACUGUGCGAGAAAAAUGAGGCGAAAAAGGAAGUACACGCAUCCCUUGUUAAGGAAGGUAAAAAGGCACGUCUGGAGAAAUUUGAGAUCCCAGCAAAGAUCAAAUUGCUUUCUGAUGCAUGGACUCCUGAAUCUGGACUUACCACUGCAGCUCUCAAGAUCAAGAGAGAGGCCAUUAGAAAGGCUUUCUCUGAAGAACUCUCCAAGUUAUAUGAAUCAUAAUCUUGGUCGAAUAUUAUUUAUUUAAUUGUUAUGCAAAGAAAUUUAAUCAUAAGUCUCUAGUUAAUUUCUUUUUCUAAGUUCUUACUUUUCGGGUUAUCUCCUCUUGUUCCACAUUUUUUUAUGUCAGUUCUAGAACAUUUUUUGUC